AUGGGGAAAGCCGAUCUCUCACACGUCAAAGCAUUAACUAUUGAUGUAUUCGGUACCUGCGUUGAUUGGCGAUCUUGUAUUGAAAAGGCACUUGAGGAAGCGAUAGGCGCAUCUCCUGCUCCAGAUUAUGCUGCAUUGGCACACAAAUGGCGUAAAGGAUACAAGACAGCCAUGCAACACUAUGCAAGCCAAAAGGGACCGAUUGAUCCAUAUCCCAACCUUGACGACCUCCAUCGCGAGCUACUCGACAAUCUACUCGAUAAGGAUCCAGAGUUUAAUCAUUUGUCAACCCUUGUUGAUGAAUCGGCACGCACGAAGCUAACUCAAGCAUGGCAUCACCUGACCCCUUGGGAAGACACUAAUCCUGGUUUGGGGUGUUUAAGUAACGAGCUGGGUCUCAUCACAUCCACCCUCAGUAAUGGCAACAUGCGUCUUUUGGUUGACAUGAAAAAGUUUGGUCAAAUGCCUUUUGAUAUCAUUCUUUCAUCCGAAUUGUUUGGAACCUACAAGACCAAUCCCAAGAUUUACCAAGGUGCAGCUCAAAUGCUUGGUUUACCUCCCCGCUCCAUAUGUAUGGUUGCGACUCAUUUGCAUGAUUUGAAAGCAGCCAAAGCAAACGGCUAUACCACGGCAUUCAUCCCACGACCCAAAGAAGAUAAACAGGUACUAGAUGAGGAGGAUUUCCAAUACGUGGAUGUAGUAGCAGAUAGCUUUGUGCAACUUGCAGAGAUCUUCCGUAAAUGA